AUACUUACAUGAAGUGUAUGGAGACUUUACAUGACAUAAAUAUGGAUAUAUAAUAUAAACUAAUACGUGUUGAACCCGCCCACUGUGUUGAAACAGGAAGUACAUUUAUAAGGAAGUAGAUGAAUAAAUGGACAUCAUCGGUCGAAGAAAAAAUGUUUCUGAGAUAGCUGAUGAGUCUCUGUGGGGAGAGAUAGGAGGGGACCACUGCCUCUGAAAUGAGUCUCUCUGGGGAGAGCGAGAAGAGAGGCACUGCCUCUAAGAGGAAGUAUUCUGACCGAGAGGAGGGGGCCACACCCUCUAAAAAGAGUCUGCCUCAAGACACCAGUUCUAAGAGUGUCCAGAAGCCCAGAGCAGAGUCACCUACACCCAGCCUGCUAUCAAUGAAGAGUAAUCAGUCAAUGGGUAAUCCACCUACUUUCAGCCAGGAACCAUUACCAGAUGACAAUAAGGAAGUGGAGAGUUUGGACAGUGAGGAUGCAUUAAAGAUCACACACAACCUUCUGGACAGAAGAAGUCAAACUCUGCUGACAGUCCAACAAGACAUUAAGGCUAAACUGAAACACAAGUAUCAACACAUAUCUGAAGGAAUUGGACACCAUGGAAACCAAAGUCUGUUCAAGGACAUCUACACAGAGCUCUACAUCACAGAGGGUGGAAGUGGAGGGCUCAAUAAUGAACAUGAGGUGAGACAGAUAGAGAUGGCAUCCAAGAAACAAACCACACAAGAGACACCAAUCAAAUGCAACGACAUCUUCAAGCCUUUACCUGGACAAGACAAACCUAUCAGAACUGUGCUGACAAAAGGAAUCGCUGGCAUUGGAAAAACAGUCUCUGUGCAGAAGGUCAUCCUUGACUGGGCAGAGGGAAAAGCAAAUCAGGACGUUCAUUUCAUGUUUCCUCUUCCUUUCCGUGAUCUGAACCUGAAAAAGGACCAAUACAGUCUGAUGCAACUUCUUUCCUAUUACUUCCCAGAGCUGAAAGAGAUUGACAGCAUUGAAGAUGGUGAAACCAAAACUGUUUUCAUUUUUGAUGGUCUGGAUGAGUCUCGACUUCCUCUAGACUUCAAAAACAAGGAGAAGUGCUGUGAUGUCACGAACCCAACCUCAGUGGACGUGCUGCUGACAAACCUCAUCGAGGGGAAUCUGCUUCCCUCUGCUCUCCUCUGGAUAACCACACGACCUGCAGCAGCCAAUCAGAUCCCUCCUGAUUGUAUUAACCGGGUGACAGAGGUACGAGGGUUCAAUGAUCCACAGAAGGAGGAGUACUUCAGGAAGAAAAUCAUAGAUCAGAAUCUUGCCAAUGAUAUCAUCAAACACAUGAAGACAUCAAGGAGCCUCCACAUCAUGUGCCACAUGCCAGUCUUCUGUUGGAUAUCAGCCACUGUCCUUGAGAUGAUACUGAAAGAGGCAUGGAAGGAUGAAGUCCCCAAAACUCUGACCCAGAUGUACUCACACUUCAUACUCAUCCAAAUCAUUGUGAAGAACAGGAAGUACAACAAAGCCACAGAGACAAACCCAAAGGAACUGUCUCAGUCAGACAAAGAGAUGAUCCUGAAACUGGCAAAGCUGGCUUUCCAACAGCUGCAGAAGGGCAACCUGAUCUUCUAUGAGGAGGACCUGAGAGAGUGUGGCCUUGAUGUCACAGAGGCAUCAGAGUACUCAGCGUUGUGUACAGAGAUCUUUAAAGAAGAAUCUGGGCUGUACCAAGACAAGGUCUACAGCUUUGUGCAUCUGAGCAUUCAGGAGUUUCUAGCAGCAGUGCAUGCUUUAGAAUCAUGUCUGGACAAGAAGGAAAAUGUUUUCUCCCCCACUAGUGAUGAUGAAGAAGAUGAGGAGGAGAAGGAUGAUGAAGAGGAGGAGUCAAUCCAGUUGUCUGACUUACACAGGAGCGCAGUGGACCAGGCCUUGAAGAGUGAGAAUGGACACCUGGACCUGUUCCUCCGCUUCCUUCUGGGUCUCUCACUGGAGUCCAAUCAGAAUCUGUUACGAGGCCUUCUGACACAGACAGGAAGUACAACACAGACCAAUGAGGAAACAGUCAGGUACCUUUCAGACAAGAUCAAGGAGGAAUCAUCACCAGAAAGGAUCAUCAACUUGUUCCACUGUCUGAAUGAACUUGGUUCCAACUCUCUAGUUGAAGACAUGCAGACCUCCCUGCAAUCAGGAACUCUUUCAGCAACAAGACUAGAACCUGACCAAUGUUCAGCCCUGGCCUACCUGUUACUGAUGUCAGAGGAGGUGCUGGAGGAGUUUGACCUGAAGACAUACAACACAUCAAAGGAAGGUUAUCAGAGGUUGCUGCCGGUCGUGAAAACCUGCAAGAGAGCACUGUAA